AUGGACUUCCAACCGCUCCAAGCGCUGCCUAGCGCGCCGCGGGCUUCGUCGUCGUCCAACCCCCACUCGCGGCACUUCCACUCGUUCCGCCACCCCCUGUUCAUCAAGCACGCGGCCCCCGUCACCCACAUCCACUUCUCGCCGGCCAAGCCACACCGGUACGCCGUCACUGCGUCAACACGCGUGAUCGUGUAUGCGCCAAAGACCGGCAAGGUGGUCAAGACGGUGACGCGGUUCAAGGAUGUUGCGCGGUGUGGCGAGUUCAGGAAGGACGGCAAGUUGAUGGUGGCGGGAUCCGACGAUGGUCUGGUGCAGAUCUUUGAUAUUGGUUCCCGCGCCGUUUUGCGUACAAUGAAAGAACACAACCAACCAGUACACGUCACUCACUUCUCGCCACACCUGCCACAGGUCUUGUCGGGCUCGGACGACCGGACAGUCAAGUUGUGGGAUGUGACCACGCAGGAAUGCUUGAAUACAUUCGAGGGACACACGGAUUAUGUGCGUGCGGCAGUGUUUGCCUCGCCACACACCAUUCUUAGCAGCUCUUACGACUCGACUGUACGGCUGUGGGAUGCGCGCCUGCCUCCAGACCAAGCCAACACUUUGACGAUGCGGCACGGCGGGGCGCCCGUCGAGGACGUGGCCGUGUUCCCGUCGGGAGGAGUAGCUUUGUCUGUCGGAGGGCCGAUCCUGCGUGUUUGGGACUUGGCAAUGGGCAAGUGCCUCCGCGCCCUGUCCAACCACCAAAAGACAAUCACGUCGCUUGCGUUUGACGGCUCGCGCGGACGUGUACUCACUGGCGGCCUGGACGCUAUGGUCAAGGCAUACGAUGUCGCCGAGUGGAAGGUUGUGCAUACUAUGCGGUAUCCUGCUCCCAUCUUAUCUCUGGCCAUCUCGCCAGACGACACGCACAUCGCAGCCGGCAUGACGGACGGAACCCUCGCCGUCCGCCGGCGCGACCCCAAGGCAUCCGAGGCCGCCGCCUCUGAUGCCAAACAGGCCAUCAUAUCCUCCGGUGCUUACGACUACUUUGCCGAUAUGGAGGCCGUCUUUGGCCGCGGACACAUCAAGGCCAAGAAACGUGACGUUCCAAUCCUCGGUCCUGCCGACGAAGUUCGAGUCGAGACGCGCCGUCGCGAACGUCUCCGCGAAUUCGACAGAUACCUCAAGGCCUUCAAAUACUCUGCCGCCCUCGAUGCUGGUCUGAAAAAGACAGUACGGCCCACAACGACCUUUGCCCUCCUCCAGGAACUGGUGCAGCGCGACGCUCUCCGCACCGCCCUGAAUGGCCGCGACGACGUCUCGCUCGAACCUGUCCUCGCCUUCCUUGCGCGACACGUCACCGAUCCCCGUUUCGGCGAGGCUGCCGCGGACGUUGCGGCCGUCUUACUUGACGUGUAUGCUGCGCAGUUGGGCCAUUCGCCAUUGGUCGACGAUCUGGUCGCCAAGCUCGCUACGCGCGUCGAGCGGGAGCUUGCGUUCCAGCGCGAGCUGGUCAAGUUGCGUGGUGCGCUUGACAUGACGCUCGCGCAGGCCGCGCUCUCGCAGAUGGACUAG